AUGACCACGGGCCCGCUGCGGGCGGGAGCCGUGGACAGCGGCAGCACUGCUGGCAGCGCGGACCUGCUCGCGGCCCUGGAGGCGCUGGCGGACUGUGCCGGCCGGCUGGCGACCGAGCCGCUGAAGGGCACCAUCGGGAACGCGGCGGCCGUGCUCGUGGCGCAGGUGGAGGCGUCCUGCAGGGACUCCGUCAAGUUCCUGCUGGCCGGGCUCUGCGUGCCUGGCGAGGGGGCCGACGCGCAGAACGACCGGGUCUGGGUCCUGCACCAGAUGUGCAGGCACAGCGAGUCCGCCAAGAGGUGGUUCAACGAGCUCGGCGGGUCGGCGGCCCUCGGGACGGUGCUGGGAGCGCACGGGGACUCCUACGAGCUCGUGCAGACGGGCGUCUGGCUGGCGCACGAGAUCCACGGCCCGGCCGGCAUCAUCGGCCUGUUCGGCCACGACUCCACGGCGGUGCGGGCAGCAGCGCUGUGGGCGCUGCACGCUCUGCUGGGCAGGCAGAAGGGCCUGAGCGAGGAACUCAGCGACAGCGGCUUGGUGGCCUGCGUGCUGGAGGCCCUGAGGGCCGCACAGCGGGUUCCGCCGGAGCAGCACACCUGCGAGCUGCAGCUGGCGUGCUGCUCCGUGCUGCAGUACCUGCUGGAGGAGCGGCCGAUCCGCAGCAGCGUGUUCCUGGCCCACGGCGGCGGCGAGGCCCUGACCACGGCGCUGCGUGCCGCGUUCGCUCUCGGGGAGGACUGGGCGUCGCUUGUGUCCGCGUCCGCGAAGCUGGCCACCGCCGUGGCGGCGGGCAGCGAGCAGUCGGUGCAGCAGCUGCGCCGCGACGGGCUGCUGGAGGCGCUGGUGAAUAACGGCAGUGGAGGGGCGCUCCCAGAGAGGUGCGCCGGGGACGUGCUGUGGGCCCUCGGGCAGAUCGGCGGGGUCGCGGUGGUGCUCGAGGCCAUGGUGCGGCUGCCCGGCCCGGGCAGCCUGCGGGGGGGGAUGGUGGCCCUGGCGGAGAGAUCGCGUGGCACCCCUCCGAGGAGAACCUCGGCGUGUAUCCGCAGGUGGCGUCCGCGGUGCUGGACCUCGCGCGGACGUGCCGGGUGUCCGCGCCCGAGCACUUCCCGCUCGCGCUGA